AUGGAUGACUACAGGCUGUUUUGUGAAGACAGACAGGGAAGAAGAGGAGGAGGAGUCACACUCUAUGUUAAGGAAAAUGUUGAAUGUAUAAAAGUCAACUACGGCGACUGUGGAAGCCCUAUCGAAUGCCUCUGGGUCAAGGUCAGAGGGGUUGUCUCCAAGGGGGAUCUUACAGUAGGCAUCUGCUACCAACCUCCAAACCAAGACGAUAAGGCCAAUGAAGCAAUAUUUGGGUCACUUAAGCAAGCUUCUGGUCAACAGAACCUGAUUCUUAUGGGUGACUUCAACUACCCAGACAUUUGUUGGAAGAACAAUAGAGCAACUCAUAUGUCAUUGAUCAAGUUCCUGGCAUGCGUAGAGGACUGCUUCCUCAUACAAAUGUUAGACGUGCCAACGAGGAAUGAAGGACUGCUGGACUCAAACCAAGUAAACCUGUUUCGUAGUAUCUCGAUUAGUGAUAGUCUUGGCUACAAUGAUCACAAUAUUGUUGGGUGUGGGAUCCUGCUGAGUACACUAAAGAAUGUGUUCUACUGCAUGAAAUUAAAAGGAGUCCACCCAAUGGCAUGUGCCCUGCAAAACACAGCUUGUGCAGCUAAAGAGUGAGCUCAAAAGUCCUUCUUAGAGUGAAUUACCACCAAGGAGAAAACAGCAGGAGGUGAUAAGGCCAUUGCCCAGACCUCCACCACCAUGACCCCCACCGUCCCUGCCACAACAGAAGCCUACACACGGACUCAGUAUUGUAAGUGGCCAUGUGAGUGUCCGAAGACCCCACCUCGGUGCUCGGUAGGUGUCAGCCUGGUCACAGAUGGCUGCGACUGCUGCAAGACAUGUGCCAAGCAGCGAGGAGAAAGUUGCACUGAGGCCGACACCUGUGAUUUCCACAGGGGCUUGUACUGUGACUACAGCGGAGACAGACCUAGGUACGAAAUAGGAGUAUGUGCACAGAUUGUCGGUGUAGGAUGUGUCCUCAAUGGAGUCAGGUAUAACAACGGGGACACAUUCCAGCCCAACUGCAAAUACAACUGCACAUGCAUUAAUGGGGCCGUGGGCUGUAUUCCCAUGUGCACAAACUCACGUCCUCCCCUUGUCUGGUGCCCAAACCCAAAGCUGAUUAAGAUGGCAGGGAAGUGCUGCGAACAGUGGAUUUGUGACGACUCCAAGAAAAUCAGGAAGACGUCUCCACGCCACAUCUCCUCUGCAGCGUACGAGGGAGAGGAUGAAGCCUGGCAGAAGAACUGCAUCGUUCACACCUCAUCCUGGAGUCCCUGCUCAAAGACCUGUGGGCUGGGCAUCUCCACCAGGAUUUCCAACGACAACGACCAGUGCAGGCUCCUGAAGGAAAGCCGCCUGUGCAACAUGAGGCCCUGCGAGGUGGAUAUAACCAAGCACAUUAAGCCUGGAAAGAAGUGCUUGGCUGUCUACAGGGCCAAUGAACCAAUGAACUACACCAUCUCAGGAUGUGUGAGCAAAAGUCCAUAUAGACCCAAAUAUUGUGGUGUCUGCACAGACAACAGGUGCUGCACCCCCUACAAGUCCAAGACUAUUGAAGUGAGGUUUGAGUGCCCAGAUGGAACUGAGUUUUCCUGGAAAAUCAUGUGGAUCAAUGCAUGUUUUUGCAACCUGAACUGCAAGAACCCCAAUGACAUCUUCGCCGACUUGGCUCAUUACCAUGAUUACUCUGAGAUCGCUAAUUAA